AUGGCAUUCCCAUACAGGGAUUCGGACGAGCUCAGUACAAUUGAAGAGGCAUCCCACGCUGGAUCAAGAACCUCGACUAUCAUGCGGAAAAAGACAACCAUGGAGAAGGAGAAAAGAAUGGAGCCGUCUCCGUUUACUCCUACAAAGCCGAAUAAGAAAUUGCCGCCAUUGCCAUUCACCGCAGAUGAGGAGCGAAGAUUGAAUAUAGCAAACGCCUUGGCGACGCCCUCGAUUCCAACACCAAACAGGCAAAAUCCCAAUCCGAAAGUUGAGAGAAGCCCUCCUCCAAAAGCUCCUAUUUCACAAACCACAUCUUCUUCAAGGUUCCUGGACCCCAGAUCCGCCGCUCGGAGAAAACUUUUCCCAGGCGAAAGCAGUUCUCACUUAAACAAACCCAUAACAAACGGAAUUUACAACCAAGACUCGCAUGCAUCCUCAGUUAGUUCAUUCAGCUCUGCCGGUGAGUUUAGCUUGUAUUCAUGCAACCGGAAACCUAUGGACGCCGUCCAAGCGGGUCAACUUAAAAAAGUCGCUCACACGCCGUUACAAGAAACCACCAAUAUCGAAACCCAUGCUUACAAAUCGCUAACGAGACCGCAUAUUAUCAAUUCCAACCUUCGAGUUGCAUCAACCGACUCUUCCAGCAGCGACGGGAGCUGGAGAUCGCUACAGCCGUCAAUUGACAUUUCGUUGAGUAGAGAAACCACAUGCACACCGGCAAGGCUUAAGCUGAAGGAACCCCUUGCUUUCACGGACAAAAACGUAGUUAAAGACGAUGAAGAUCCCUGGGUCGAUGUUGACAGUUCAGAUGACAACGCAAGUAUAGGCACGGCACCGCUAAGCAUCUCGAAAAAAACGCCGAGCUUGCAACCGCAACCACAGCCACUUGCACUUGCACCGAAACCCACGCACAACCAUGAAAACACUACAACUAAUCACGAUAACGAAGGUGCUGGCCACGCGUAUAGUUUCCCCAACAGUCCACUCAAUGUGACAAACAGUGAAAGCUUUCAGAAGGAGAAGAGGGACAAUAUUGACAAAGACAAUCGAAGCUCUGCAUCAAGGCACAUCUUCUACUCCAACGGCCAAAUCGAGAUCCCAGACUUGUCAAAGAAAGCUGUGAUGGACCAAUAUUCGUUCAAGACACACUCUGUGUGCAGUGAGGCGGUGUUCUCAGAAACCCGCACAGAAACAUCGGUGUCUGAAUUUGCUGAAUCUGUUCACUCGCAGCCACAACCACAACCACCACCACCAGUAUCAAAGAUGAGAUUUCCAAGUGAAGGCGCUCUUAACCAUUUGCGAGAACAGUUGAAGUUGCAACUGCUCGAAGACGAUUCUGACUUUGAAGUCACAUCGAAAUCGGCGUCCGAUUCGUAUCCCAAAGUAUCGAAUGCGUCCCCCUUGAGACACAGGCGAGGUAAGUCUAUGCACUCUAUUAAUUUUGAGGUGGACGAUAAACGCCCCUCUGGUACAAUAUCAUCUGCCGGCCAUGCGAGGUCUAAAUCUGCUGAUGUGCUUGCUCAAACGAAUCGACCGAAUCGACGCACUCAUACACGUGGAAAUUCAUUUGACGCUUUAAAGGAAAUUGAGCAAAUGAAAUUGGUGCACAACCAAGAUGCGCCAGGAAAGACACCAGGAAAGACGCCAGGAGAGACGCCAGGAGAGACGCCAGGGCGGGAACUGCAAAAACAAAGAAGAUCAGAAGCAGAGAAUACAGGCGCUGGAAUGGACAAAUUGACACGGGAGAAAGAAGCACAUGCAGUAGCGGAAGAGAUGAAGAUUGUCAUUUGCGAGCCUCCCAAAGCAGUCCAAUACGCCGUUGAUUUUAAGGAAACAAAUUUCAAAGAUGACGAUUUCGGGGCAUUGUAUGCGACGCCCAAGAUCCCACCUCCACCGAGUGAAAAGGAAAUGAGCUCACCGCUUCGAAAGACGCGCAAACUGAAAGCCCCGGCCAACUCCAAGUCUAGGUCCAAGACCAAGACCAGAACGUCGCAGGAAGAAGAUAAUUGCCGCUCCGAGUCCGAUAGCAUAACCAUAGAUUUGACAGAUGAGCAAGGCGAGAAAUGCACCGUCAAGCGAACCAACUCCACCACGUCGUACAAGUCCGUGACCGAGACCAUCAACGGCGCCGACGUUGAAGUGAUUAUACUUGACGACGACGACGAUGAAGCUGAAGCUGAAACUGAAGCUGAUGACGACGAGUUGUUGAGCAUCUACUCGAAAUACCGCAACGACAGUUGGUUAUUUGGCGUGGGGAAUGCAUCUACCAUUUCAACCGCUAGCUCACGUGGGUCCGCGAACACAUGCGAGAAUGCUAACCAAUUACGGUCACUCACUACCGCGGGACGAAUCGUCCACGAGCUAAACUUGAAACGGUCCAACGUUACCCCCGCUGACAUCAAACAAAAACAACGGCCCCUAGCUCAUCGCGCCGCUACAAUGGCCACCGCGAUGCGUCGCGCUGAAGAGGAACGUCGAGAAUAUGCAAAGAGAGGCACAGCGCCCAAUUCAAAUGACAACUAUUUCGAUUAUGCAAUGAAUGAAAACUACAACUUUGAUACUUUUAUGAAAGAAACUCGGGUCCAGAAAAGUUUCUGA